CCCCCUGGCGGUGCCUACUGAUAACCACAGGAGCGCCUUAAAGUUUAGAACUCAGUCAUGUAGUCAACACGGCUGUCGAUUCACCAUCUCGUAACAAACUGUUGUGGAUGUAAGAGUGGGGUUAGAGCCGGUUUGGAGAUGGCCUGUCUACAGUAGCUGUUUGUUGGACAGCUGAUCCAGACAGUCCUGGAUGGCGUGCCGGGUCCAGUUCUUCUGCAGGGGACUCCGCACUGUGGGACUUGUUCUCCUUUACUAUGUUUUCUCUAUAGGCAUCACAUUCUAUAACAAAUGGCUAAUGAAGGGCUUCCAUUACCCCAUCUUCAUGACGUUGGUCCACCUCACCGUCAACUUCUAUCUGUCAGCUCUGACCCGGUGGAUCAUGCAGUCCUGCACAGGAAAGCAACGUGUUAUUCUGAGCUGGAGAGACUACCUCUGGAAAGUGGCUCCCACAGCUUUAGCCACCGCAUUGGAUAUUGGACUUUCCAACUGGAGCUUUCUCUUCAUCACCAUUAGCUUGUACACCAUGACCAAGUCCUCAGCAGUGCUUUUUAUCCUUUUUUUCUCUCUGGUGUUUAAACUAGAGGAGCCGAAACCUUUCUUGAUUCUGGUGGUCCUGCUGAUCUCCAGCGGUCUUUUCAUGUUUACAUUUGAGUCAACCCAGUUCAACUUGGAAGGCUUCAUUAUGGUGCUGCUGGCGUCCUUCAUCGGGGGAAUUCGAUGGACCCUCACUCAAGUCCUCAUGCAGAAAGCAGAGCUGGGUCUUCAGAACCCAAUAGAUGCCAUGUACCACUUACAACCUCUCAUGUUCCUCAGCCUCUUCCCCCUCUUUCUGUAUAAUGAAGCACUGAGCCUCAGUACCUCAGAGAAGUUAUUCCGAGUGACGGAGCUCUAUCCUCUCCUGUAUUCCCUCAUCACGCUGAGUAUUGGUGGCUCACUGGCUUUUGGUUUGGGCUUCUCGGAGUUCCUGCUCGUCUCCCGAACUUCCAGCCUUACUUUGUCCAUAUCAGGGAUUUUUAAGGAGGUGUGCACUCUGGUUUUGGCUGGACCUCUGAUGGGAGACAAACUGAGUGCAGUAAACUGGCUGGGAUUCGCUGUGUGUUUGUGUGGAAUUUCAUUACAUGUGGGACUCAAGACGUAUUAUUCCAGAAAUAAGGGUCCUUCUUUAAGGCAGCUCAACAGUAAGAGCCCAGAGCUGGAGUUCCCAUUGCUGCGGCAGAACGGAGAUAAAAGUGAGGAUUCAGCUGCUGAUGACGAGGAUGAGGACUAAGAAAUCACUUUACACUGACAUCUCUAUCAAGCUCUAUAUUGAUGCCACUCAUUCCCUCUCUCAGCCUGUAGGAGGUUUGAAUAAUGAUGUCAGAAAAGUGCUUUAUGUAAAUACUGCAACAAAAACAAGAAAUGAGCAGUGCUUUCUUCUUCCAUUGACCGUGUCUUCGGGGUCCAGCCAAGGCCCCAUUAUCUAGACAUUUUUUGCCUUGGGGUAGGCUUAAAUGUAGCAAAUACCUGCAAGUUUCAACUAUGUAUGACAUCCAGCAUGUGAAAAGCAGAGCGUGUAAUAGCUUUAAAGGGAUACUUUGGUACCUGGAAUUGUGGAUAGUCACUUUUCUUCUCUGCCAGUCACAUUAGUAAUGUCUUCAUACUUGAUGUAUUUGGAGACUAAAGGAUACUAAAGAGGAUUUCUCAUGUUAUUUGUGUCCGAGUGUGGCAGGGUCAGUGGUACACGUCGUUAUUUCUUUUCCUGCAAAAUGGGAACCUCAAGAAAUAUCACUCUUAAGUUAUUUUGGCUAAAAUAAGUGUAAUAGUUAUGUAAUAUGUUGAAUCAAAUUGACAUUUUUGCAGCUUACGUUACUGUUUUUCUUAUUAAUGGACUUAGUUAUUAAAGCUAUACUUUUUUUUUUUCUUCUUUUUUUUAUUGUGAAUUACUUAACUGAUCUACAGGUUACUGCCUUAAUUACAGUAAUCAUGCUGAGUGUUAGUAAAACAUGAAUUUCGUCCUGUUCCCUGAAGCCUUAAUGUUCAUUUUAAAUUUCCUUUUUUGUCCAACAAUUAACCCAGAACAUAUUAAUCUGAUUAAUUUGUCAUUUAUGCACGGUUUCAGGUAGUCUGCCAGACCAUUAAUUAUUAAUUACAAAAAGAGAAUCAUAUUAAUGUUAACCACACAGUUUACAGUAGAUGUAUUAAUAUAUUCAUCAAGCCCCUUUGACUGUGAUUUCAUACUCAUAUGUCCUAAUACUGGAUCAUAUUGUCAUAUGGAUAUGGAUAUAUGGAUCAUGUGGUCACUUUUAAUCAUUUUUUUUCCUUUUUUAACAUUCCUUGUCUGUAAGUACAGUAUUUGUAAAGCUGCAGAUUAUUGGAUCAAACUGUCAUGGUGUCUAAUCUUUGGAGUUUAAUUUAAAGAGAUGUCAAAAUACUUUUUGUGCCUUAUUCCCAUUAGUCAAGAAAACUUUAAACAGCUUGUUUUUGAGGAUGCUUCAGGAUUUAUGUAGAUUAAUUAUGUAUUUAAAGCCACAAAUGAAAUAUU